AUGGACUUUCUGCCGCUGAAGUUCGAAAAAUUCGUAAGUUUGAUUUUACAGGGAAAAACCAACUAUUCACAACAGUGUGCUCCAUGCCAUGGGGGCUCCUUGAUCUGUACUAGUAAGGGGUUUGGUUUCAUAAUGGUGAGAUAUCGGGAGCGAAAAACUAAUCGAGGUAAAACACCUGUUGAAGUGAUGAGAACAGCAGUUGAUGAAGUUCUGAAAAAGAACAGAGCUAUCAAUGCUGUUGCAUGUGAAACUGGAAUUGACCGAAUGACAUUGAAGCGAUAUGUUCGGAAGAGUAGUCUCAGUCCAAGUGUAGGUUUGAUACCGAAUUGGAAUACAAGGCAGGUAUUCAAUUUAGAACAAGAAGAGAUGCUUGCAAAGUAUUUGCUGCAAGCAUCUAAGAUGAACUAUGGACUAUCCACCAAAACAACUCGCCAGUUCGCAUAUGAUAUAGCCGUUGCGAAUAAUAUAACAUGCCCAUCUUCAUGGUCAAUGAAAAAAACUGCUGGUAUUCAUUGGCUCCAGGGUUUUAUGAAAAGAAGACCCGAGUUGUCACUACGUGCACCUGAAGCGACUAGUCUGGCAAGAGCAACAGCAUUCAAUAAAUAUAAUGUCAGUGAAUUCUUCAAAAAUCUUCACAAGGUUCGUGCAAGGCAUAACUUUGGUCCGGAGAAAGCCAUGUCAAGCGUUGAUUAUCUUGGAACACUAGAAAGUGAUGACAGUGAUGGUGAUGCAAGCAAUCCUCAGUUGACAGCAGAAGGCCCAAGUCUGGACUACGACUGUUCUGCAUUAAAAAAUAAUGACUAUGUUGUAGUAAAAUUUAAAACUAAAAAGAAAGUUAUUCAUUACAUUGGCCAAAUAAUAUCGGAAGCUGGAGAUUUAAUGGUAAAAUACUUGAAAAGGGAAAAGAUGUCAUCAUUCAACUUUAUCUGUAGAAAUGAUGAAUUAUAUCAAUUUAUAAAAGAGGACAUUGUUUGUAAAGUUCCAGAUCCAAUUCAGCAUGGUGGGACUGCUCGAGUCAGUCGUCACUUGGUUUUUCCCGUUGAUUUGACAAUUUUUAAAGAUCUUAAUUAA